AUGACUUCGGCAUUAUACUAUCAAUCAAUGAUAGCACCUCCACAGCAGCAACAGCAGCAGCAGCAGCAGCAACAACAACAGCAGCAGCAGCUUCCGCCCCAAAUGUCGAUGUACUAUCAUCCGCAACAACAUCAAUCACAAUUGAUACAACAUCCGACUCAUCAUAUGCUUGCAUCCACACCAGUACAGAAUCGUGAACAACAUCAUCCGCCAAAAGAAAUUCAGAAACCGAAAGGUCGAAUGAGUGCCUAUACAUUUUUCGUGCAGAAAUGUCGAGAUGAACAUCGAAAAGCGUAUCCCAAUGAAAACGCCAAUUUUAGUGAAUUUUCAAAGAAAUGUGCGGAAAAAUGGAAGACAAUGUCAGAAAAUGAUAAAACAAAAUUUGCUGCACAAGCUGAAGCUGAUAAACAAAGAUUCGAACGUGAAAUGGCUGUCUAUCAACCUGGUGAAAAGCGAACGAAGAAAAAGAAAAAGGAUCCAUUAGCACCCAAACGACCCCUAUCGGCAUUCUUUCACUAUUGUAAAGAAGAACGACCGAAAUUGAAAGCAUUAAAUCCGAGUUUAUCAGUGGGUGAAAUUGCAAAGGAAUUAGGUGACAGAUGGAAUCAUACAUUACCUGAUGGAAAGCAAACGUACGAAGAAGCAGCACAGAAAGAUAAAGAACGAUAUGAAAAAGAAAUGAAUGAAUUCAAAUUAGCAAAUAAAAAAGCGAAAUCAAAUUCAACUACUCAGGUAUUACCACCACCACCACUACAACAACAACAACAGCAUCAUUCCGAACAACAGAUUCGAAUCCAUCAAGAUCAACAACAACAGUAUUCAUCUUCCUCCUAUCAACUACCGACAUUUGCUUCGAUGCAAACGUUUCAACCGCAGACUUUUACUCAAAUGAACAACUUUCAAGAUAAUGGAUUAACACCACCUCUCUUUCGUCAUUACAAUGGUUAUUCAUUGCCAAUGUCACAUAACAAUGUGCAAAUGCAACAAUAUCAAACUUUACAGCCGCAACAUCAUGUUCAACCACACCAGGCAACAUAUCAAACAUUAACAUCGGUCAAUACCAAUCAUUUAAAACAUCACGAAGAUAAUAUUAAUCAUCCUGAAUCCGAGAGUGAUAAAUAA